AUGUCACGCAAACUUGCCCAAGAUGGCAACUCGCCGGAUCCUUCAGCUAGGUUUGCGUGGCUUCGCGAUUUUUUGCCAGAAGACAUUCCCAACGCUCGUGUCAUGGCUUUCAAUCACAACACUGGGUGGGAGACGAAUGCGCUCAGUAAGUCGUUGUCACAUUAUGGCGAUGACUUGUUACGGGCCCUUCAGAGGGUCCGUCAGACGGAUGAGGAGAAGAGCAGGCCUAUCAUUUUUAUAGGUCACAGCUUUGGAGGUCUUGUGAUCAAGCAGGCUCUAGUCACUGCAAGCGGAAGCCGCGCUGACGGCUUCUACCGUACCGUUACCAAAAAUACUCAAGGCUUCAUUUUCCUAGGUACCCCACACAAAGGUGCUCGGCUUACUGUUAUUGGAAAGGUCAUGUCCCUCUUCGGUCAUUGGAAAGGUUCAAGCACGAGCCUGCUGGAACUCAUUGAUAGUAAGUCAUGCAUCAACCAAGAGCUGCACAAGAGCUUCAUGCGACUUCUAAUUGAAGGAUGUGUGGCUCAAAACACUGUAUGCGUCUUCGAAACUGUGAAAGAGUCCCUUUUCGGCUUCCCGAUUACGCAUGUAGUAGACGAGAGUUCUGCGGCUAUAGAUGGGUCAGAAAGAAUUGGGUUCGAAAAGCCACACCGUGAACUACAAAGAUUCGAUUCUCGGCAAGACGAGAACUACCAAGAUAUUCUUGUCUACAUUCGAAAGUGGGUAGAGCACAGCGAGGAGAAGGUUCUAGCAGGACGGACAGAAAUGACGAAGGAGCAGCAAGACUGCCUCCAGUCUUUAGCCUUUCCAGAAAUGAAUCUUCGAGGAAAUGAGAUCAAAGAGGAAGCUUCCCAAACAUGUGAGUGGCUGUUAAAGCAUGAGUACUUCACAGAUUGGCUUCGCCAGGACCAAGCAUUGCUAUGGAUCAAGGGUAAGCCAGGAGCCGGAAAAUCAACACUGCUAAAAUAUGCGCUUCGAGAGGGUAAGUCGCAAGCAUCUCGGGAAAAGCUUGUAGUUGCAUCCUUCUUCUUCCACGGUCGUGGCGCUCCCAUACAAAAGACCGCUAUUGGCCUAUUCCGGUCACUUCUACAUCAAAUCCUGGGUCAGAUGCCCGAGUUACUGUUUGACUUCACUUCAAUAUGGAAGAAGAGAUGCGAGACGGAAGGCAGGCCAGGCGAAAGAUGGGAAUGGCAUGAGACCGAGCUUCGAGAAUUCUUAGAAGAUGCUAUCCCGCGAUUGUCAAAGCCUUACUCGAUACGGAUCUAUGUUGACGCGCUCGAUGAAUGUGGUCAAGAGGUUGCCAGAGACCUAAUAUUUCACUUCCAGCACCUGAUUUCCAAGGUUCCCGCUGAAGCGAAAACAAGUCUAAAGCUAUGCUUUUCUUGCCGGCAUUACCCUAUAAAGGACUACGGUCUCACGAUUUGCGUUGAAGACGAAAACAAUCAAGAUAUACGUCGUUAUGUCCGGCACGAAAUUAAGACUGGAUUUUCUGACCCAGUUCAAGCAGAGGAGCUCGAAACGCAGAUAGUCCAGAAAGCCUCGGGCAUUUUUCAAUGGGUCGUUCUUGUUGUCUCCAUCGUUCUUACAACACAUAGUCAGGGGAAAAAUUUCAAAUUCAUUCGGAAGAAGCUUCAAGAAAUUCCGCCAGAGCUAGAAAGUCUCUAUGAAGAGAUUCUCAAGGGUAUAGAUAACAAAGACCUACCACAGUCGUUGCAGCUAAUGCAGUGGAUUUGCUUCGCCUUCACACCUCUUUCACUCGACGAGCUCCGCUUUGCGAUGGCGGUGGAUGCAGACUCUCCUUACACUUCACUGCGCGAAUUGUACGAACGUUCUACAGACUACGCUGAGACAAGUGAGCAGAUGGAAAUGAAGGUAAAACAUCUUUCUAGGGGUCUUGUCGAAGUUAAGGAACAUCAACAGCGGCGGGUUCCGCAAUUCAUCCAUCAAUCAGUCAAGGAUUAUCUAAUGCAAAGUGGCUUGCAAAAGCUUGACAGCUCUUCGAAGUACAGUGUAACUGGUAGUGCACAUUUUCGACUAUCGAGGUCCUGCGUCAGAUACCUCAAGAUGGAAGAAGUUAUUGACUACGAAUACGGGAAGGAGGAGGAGAGGCAGAACGUUGAACACCAGUUACCUUUCAUCAGAUAUGCUACAAGGGAAUGGCUGCUGCACGCGGAGAAAGUCGAGGCCGAAGGAAUAUGCCAAAACGACCUUCUAGUGUUGUUCCAAUGGCCGACGUCUGAGAUCUUAGAUUGCUGGACCCGAUACGAUCGGAAGUUGAUCUCGUUGUAUUACUGCCCUAGGCAUUAUGAAGAUUCAACUCUUCUGCACAUCGCAGCAGCACAUGGUCUUUUCAGUGUGGUAGUAGCAAUUAUUGCUUCAGAAGGCACCUUCGACAUAAAUUCAAGGGACAAAGAAGGCCGGACGCCGUUAUCAUGGGCGGCUGGACAAGGACACGAAACAAUUGUUACAUUGUUAGUCAAACAGAAGGGUAUUGAUGUGAAUUCAGAAGAUUUACACGGUGAUACACCCUUGGUGUGGGCAGCAGAGGAGGGACGAGAAGCAGUAGUUAAAUUGUUAAUGAGACAUAAGAAUGUUGAGGUGAACUCUAGGAAUAAGUAUGGUCGAUCACCAUUAUCAUAUGCAGCAGAAGGGGGAUAUGAGGCGGUGGUCAAGUUGUCAAUAGAACGAGAGGAUGUUGAGGUGGACUCUAGGGAUGAGGAUGGUCGAUCACCAUUAUCUUAUACAGCACAAGCGGGGCAAGAGACGGUGGUCAAGCUGUUAAUAGAACGGGAGGAUGUUGAGGUGGACUCUAGGGAUGUGGGUGGUCAAUCAUCAUUAUCAUGGGCAGCAAAAUGGGGUAAUACGGCUAUAGUCAAGCUAUUAAUAGAGCGAGAGGAUGUUGAGGUGGACUCUAGGGAUAGGGAUGGUCGAUCACCGCUAUCAUUAGCAGCAGAGUAUGGGGAGUUAGAGGUGGUCAAGCUACUAGUGGAUCGGGAGGACGUUGAUACGUUCUCGAAGGAUAAUAAUGGUCAGACGCCGCAGGACUGGGCAGCAAGGUAUGGGCGUAAGAAAGUGGUGCAGCUGCUGGAGUCAUAUAAGUCCACAGAGUAA